AUGCAACACAUCCAGGUCUUAGCCCGGUUGGCCAAUGCUGGCUGCAUUUGUGCUGGCAUCGCAGGACAAAAGAACCGCAGAGAGCGAGUCGAUGGUGCAGUCCACGGCCAAACCUUGGCGCUGGAGGCGGACAUGUGUCGCCGCUCCGUGCGUGCACGAAGUGAGGGCACGCAGGGCACGCAGGGCGGGAUGUGGAUGCCGGGGCCCAGCUUGGUGUUGGCCUUAGCGCAAGCGCGGUGGCACUGCUGUGCAGCUGCUUUGGGUGAUGGUCAGCUGCUGGUGGCGUGGAGCCUUGGAGCCCCUUACUGGAUCGUUGGAGGCUUUGACGAGUCUGGAUUGCCACUGGACACCACUGAGGUGGUGGACUUUGUGACUGGCUCGGUGGAACCUGGCCCCAAACUGUCCAUUCCCAGGGCAGGAUCCGCAGCGGUGACCCUGCCGCUUCCCUUGGAUGAGGAAAGCGCGGAAAGCGCGGGCAUGCCAUGGAUUAUGGUGCUGGGUGGCUAUGGGGCAGAUGCGGGUGCCACCACAGAAGUUUUGGACCUGGAGGCCAUGAAGUCGCAUCCAGGGCCAACGUUGCUGACGCGAAGAGCUUGCUGUGUGGCUUCUAUGUACGGGGAGGAUGAAGUCAUGGUGGCUGGUUUGAUGAGUCGGCCCGGCUGGGUUAGCGUGAGCAGCACUGAAUUCAUCAACCUCUUCAAACUGAAGCACACAGCGGUGGCAGCAAUGGCGAAGGAUGCGAAGGAUGAAGCGAAACCAAUCAAGGUCAUGGCCUACAUGAAACUAUUGCUGAAGACCAUUGUGGUGACCUAUCCUUUUGCCCUGGUGGUGUUAGAACUGCCCGACAUCGAUCCUUUUUCGUUUCAGUCGUGCAAUCGCAGAGCUUGCACUUUCAUGCAGAUUUUUGGCAAAGGUGUGGCCCCACCCAACGAAAAUUGUGCCAAAGUGGGUUUGGCCAAGGCGUAUCACGUGAUUGUGAACGGGAGAUUGAGUGGGGCAUGUGAUGAUGAGUUCUUUCUUCAUCCAACUUGUCCCUCUUACUCUCAGCAGCAGAUGGCCGAGACCUGUGAGAGGAUGGAGGUGAAAAACACCAUUGUGAAUCCGAUGCGAGAGUCUUGGUUGAAAUACGCAUACGCCUGUGCCAUAGCAGGUUGGGCAUUGUUCAGCGUCCUCCAUGACUUUUGCCUCAUGCGAGGGAUGAAGGAAUUUCUGACCUUGCGACUUGGUUUCGCUUCCACAUUCUUCCUGCUUUUGGCAGUGAUCAUCGCAUUUUUUUGGAACUUGGGAGUGUUGAAAGUCUUUGCUGCAGAAGUCAUUUCUGGCGUCUGUGCUUGUUACUACGUCUUGCCGGAGUUGCAGGCCAUCCUGGCCAUCCUAACUCCUUGCCUACUGUACUUACAGAGCAUCAAGAGAUUGCAACAGCUCAACCGAUCCAUCCUGGUGGGAGAUCAUUUAUUUUUUCAAUCCUACGAUGUUCCCUUUGCUUUGGCCAAAGAAUCUCAAGCCAUCGAUGUGGGAAGCUUUGUGAUUGCCACAGCCCAUGGCUUUCAUCCAAUGGAGAUCCAGAAAAACCGGCUUUCUUUGUCGCAGAUCCGCUGGUUAUGUCUGCUGCAACGGGUCAUGAUCUUCACCUUCUUGGUGCCCCUGUCGUUCAGCAUAGCCAUUGCCACUGGACCAGCAGCUGUUCGUCUCCUGCAGUUUGCCAGCACGGAACAGCUGCCACAGCACAUGGAGAUCAUGAUGCUGUUGGGACUAUGUGCUUUUCCCUGCUUCUUGUUCCUCAAUCUGCGGAGUUUAUCUCCUUGUGAUUUGCAGGGCGGUCUGCACUUGGACCUGGAAACUUGGGAGAGGAAACGUCCAUACUCCACGCUGUUUGGACGAUUCGCAUUUCUCGCCACAGUGGUGGUGGGCUUGGGCUGGGCCACCUGCGUUUUAGGCUAUGAACUGCUGGCUGAAGAGGCCCCAAUCUCAUCAUCACAUGCUCUGUUGGUGUCUGAAGCAGGGGUGGUAUACUUUGUCCUUGGCCUGCAAGUACAUGUUUGGGUGGUGGAAUUGCGGCCCACCUAUCAGGCUGUCUUGAUGAAGGCGCGGAAGGCGUACCCUCCCUCCAUGUACAUCAGCAUGGCCCUGAGCCAUCCAGAGUACAACUUGGAUGCAGAGUGCAGAUUGGCAGAGGAAUUUCUGCAAGACGAUCCGGGCUCAAAAUUGAACGAUGAGCUCAAUUGGCAGAUGUGGCAAGGCCGACUGGAGGAACUGCAGGAAACUCCAUCCUUCAGUGAGCGUAGCCCCCGGCGGAAUGGAGCGAAGCCGGCGACGUCCGGUCGGGACUUCCCCGAUUUGGGGCUGAAAGUUCCACGGGUUUUGCUUCCGAAAAAAGGCCUCGAUUUGACGAAGUGGUGUGUCAUCGCUUGUGAUCAAUACACCUCUCAGCCUGAAUACUGGAAAUCCGUCAAGGACAUUGUGAAGGAUGCGCCAUCCACUUUGAAUCUCAUCUUUCCGGAAGUCUACCUGGGUGAUGAAAAAUGGAACCAGGAAGUCAUUCAAAAAAUCAAGGAAAAGAUGUGUGAAUAUGAUCGGGACGGAAUUCUGGAAGCCCAAGACCCCGGCUUUGUCUUGCUGGACCGCCAGACACCACAUGUUGCCAGCCGCAAGGGAUUGCUGGUGGCCCUGGACCUGGAGCUGUACUGUUUCGACCGAAACUCACAGAGUCUGAUCCGCCCCACGGAGAAGACGAUCCCGGAGCGUCUUCCGCCGCGGAUCGCCAUCCGAGAGAAGUCCCCGCUGGAGCUGCCGCAUAUCUUGGUGCUGAUUGACGACCCAUCCAAGACUGUCAUUGAGCCGCUGGCGGCGCGUUCCGCGUCAUUUCCCAAGCUCUACGACUUUGAUUUGAUGAAGAGCAGUGGGCAUUUGACAGGUUGGCAUGUUGCAGAGAGCGCUGCCAUUGAGGGUGUGGCUGCGGCAUUACGCACUCUCGCUUGCCCCGAGACCUUCCGAAGGAGAUACGGUGCUCGGGAAGAUCAAGAGGUCAUCCUUUAUCCCGUGGGGGAUGGCAACCACUCCCUAGCCACUGCUAAGCAAUGCUGGGAGUCCUUAAAGAAACAGGGAGCCGAUCCGGCCACCCAUCCGGCGCGUUAUGCACUCGUGGAGCUGGUGAAUAUCCAUGAUCCCGGGAUGACGUUCGAACCUAUCCACCGGUUGCUGUUCAAUGUGGAUGUCAAGAAGGCGCUGGAUGAUUUCGCGUCUGCCAUGAAGGAACGUAACUGGAGUGUUGAACUGAGACCGGGUCAUCACCUACACAGCUGCACCAAUGGCAACAAGGAACCUGGAAUUCAUGCCAUUGAAUUCCGGAGCAAGAACUUCAGUGGCAUCUUGGCUGUGAAGAGUGACUUGGUCCUGGAGGUUGCGACUUUGACUGCUUGGCUGGACCCUUACCUGGCAGCGCAUUCUGAGAUCUCUGUGGAUUAUGUGCAUGGUGAGGAGGUCAUUGCAGAAAAAACCCAAGAGGAUUCGACCUUAGCAUUUCUCUUUCCCAUCAUGAACAAGAAUGACCUGGUGAAAACCGUGGUGAGAGAAGGCGUGCUUCCUCGCAAGACCUUCUCUAUGGGAGCCGCGGAUGAGAAGCGUUUCUACUUCGAGUCUUGCCGCAUCGUGCCAGAGUAG